AGAGCCACAUAAACACAUUCACAGAUGUGUCUCCAUGCGUUCUGACAGCCCGACUGAGCCAAGACCGCCACGCUGAAUGAAGACAGAGAAAUCAGGGGGAGAGACGGAGAACAACCACCAAGCAAAUUAUCACACCAUUACUGCAGGGUCUUGCCCACAUCCAUCUCUCUCGGAUUGUGAGCUUGAGUGAGAGCACGUCUGACAGGGAAGAGAAGAAAACGGGGGAGAUCUACCGGCAGAUUCGUCCCCAAUUAAGCCCAUGUUUCCAGUUUGAUCCAGAAGCCACAGUACAAACAAAUACAGGGAUGCUCUGACCAAAAACAAAUAAGAGAAGAGGAGAACGAACAAGAAAUCAAGAGAGACACACAAAGACAAAGAGUGAGAGAUGGAGGGAUUUUUUGAAUGAAUGAAGCAUGCAGCAGCAUGUGGUGGAAAUAACUGCAUCUACGUAAGCCGCAUGCUGAGGACGUGACUGCCCACGUGGUCUGGAUGCCAGCAGCUGCCUCUCACAGCCCCUGACGUCCCCUGGCAAUCUGAGAAACACAUCCUCAUCCUCCGUUUCCACACUCUCGACCCCCCCAGUCCGCAAAGGAUUAUCGAGUCUCUGGAUUACUGAAGUGUCCGCUUUGGCCGUGAGAGAAAGGGCACACUAUUACUUGAACUUUGGACCGCAGCAUGGGAUGCUCUGGGAACCAACAGCGUGGUGGAUGACCUCCAGCAUGCGGCCGUCACAGCUGGACCUCACGCUCGUGGCCAUCCGCCUGUUUGUAACUAAGGGUAAUGACCAGGCAUAGAACCAACCCUGGAGAUGCCGAAGAGAAGAGAUAUUCUUGCCAUCGUGUUGAUUGUGUUACCAUGGACCCUCCUCAUCACUGUGUGGCACCAAAGUGCAAUUGCCCCCCUGCUGGCCAUCCGAAAGGUCUGUCACCAUCUAGUAAAAGAGAUCUUAAUCAUACCAGAGCGUCUAACCAUCCACCGGCAACGGCUAGCAGAUGAUGGGACGGAGACUAGGCAUGAGACGGGCCCAGCCACGGACUCAAAGGAAUACUGCUCACAGGACAAGGACAUAGUGGAGGUGGUCCGUACAGAAUACGUCUACACAAGACCUCCUCCCUGGUCUGACGUGUUGCCCACCAUCCACGUCAUCACUCCGACAUACAGCCGCCCUGUGCAGAAGGCCGAGCUAACGCGAUUGGCUAACACCUUCCUCCAUGUUCCCAACCUGCACUGGAUUCUGGUGGAGGACUCUCAGAGGAGAACUCCUCUAGUCACGAGGCUUCUGAGGGAAAUGGGGCUGAACUACACACACCUGAAUGUGGAGACCCCACGGAACUACAAGCUGCGAGGGGACACGAGAGAUCCCAGGAUUCCACGUGGCACCAUGCAGAGGAACCUCGCUCUGAGAUGGCUACGGGAGACCUUCAACUCCAACAGCAGCCAGACAGGAAUCGUCUACUUUGCAGAUGACGAUAAUACAUACAGCUUGGAGCUGUUUGAGGAGAUGCGAUCAACUCGUAAAGUAUCAGUGUGGCCUGUAGCAUUUGUUGGAGGUUUACGAUACGAGUCUCCAAAGGUCAAUGCAGCAGGAAAAGUGUACGGGUGGAAAACAGUAUUCGACCCUCACCGGCCCUUUGCCAUCGACAUGGCAGGGUUUGCCAUCAACCUGCGGCUCAUUCUGUUUAAGCCUCAGGCCUACUUCAAGUUACGAGGGGUGAAGGGAGGCUACCAGGAAAGCAGCCUGCUCAGAGAGCUGGUCACUCUCAGUGACCUGGAACCCAAAGCGGCCAACUGCACUAAGAUUCUUGUGUGGCACACACGGACGGAAAAACCUGUACUGGUGAACGAAGGCAAGAAAGGCUUUACAGACCCAAACGUGGAGAUCUGACAUCUGCUUCAGUGUUGGGAUGCUUCCAGCAGGACCCAAAAGAGGAUACCUACUACCACAUUUUUUAACAGUUUGGAUGCUUUUUCCUGUAAACCACAACUAAACAAGCUCAACAAUAUGGACCUAUUAUUCUAAAGCACAGAUUAGUCUUUUUUAAGGCAAUAUCAUCAGUAUUUUGCAAGAACAAAACCAGAGGGCGCUAGACAGAAAGAAAAAUAUGAUGUAUAUUCAUGAGAUAACAUCUGAGAACUGAUAAAACUGCUCACUUCCAUGAUUUUAUAAACUCUGCAUUAAAAAGAGACACAAAAAAUGGUUGCAACAGUCUCAAAGGCUGACCCAAGAGCGAACGGUCAUCCAUUUUUGAACGUCGAUGUUCCUUCACGUCUAAUGCACUGAUACUUAAACAUAAAGAAGGGAAUGUCUUCUUUUUUAUUUACAUAAUGUGUAUUUUAAGUUUCUGUUUUUGUCGUUUACAUUACUGUCUUGCUAGCACAGCACUACUGAUAUUUUGCCUCAGUUCAAAUUCAGCGUCACUUUGCGGUAUUAAACCAGUUCUAUCAUAUACCAGGGCUAGCUGCUAUACUGGAUUUAGCGAUUACAACGUUGUAACACGGUUCUCAUGACUAAGACCUAAAUGAUAUGAAUAGCACUUGAAUUUGUUCCUGUGUGUCCAUUGUUCCUGUUAGGACAUGCGUUGUAAAUAUAACUUAAAGAUGAACAAUCAGAGACUUUAAAAUAAAGUGAUCUAGCAUUCAACAGAACAAGCAAUGUAACUACUGUAUUUGUACUUCAGAUUAAAGUAAGAAUCCAUAGUUUACUAUUACAUCAUCCAGAAAACUUCACACGUUCACAAUGGUCUUACCAAAGGAGAUGGAGCUGAUGGGUAGGGUUUCACAAUGUUAGCAUUCAGUAUUAAUUGGGCUAGCCACCGAGAGCAGCACAGAGCCUGCCUCAGUAAAUAUUCAGAUGUAUUUAUAUGUCAAACUGUAGCUUUGGGCUUUGCAGAGGGGAUCUGUCAUGAAGACAUGUUGCUGUACUAAUGAAGCUAAUACUGAGACACCUGGGAAUCUAGAGCGAACAAAAUGUCUGCUCGCAAAAAGCAAAGCUAAUUUCUUAUAUCAAAAGCUGUGACCAUCUGAAUAUUCAAGGCACAUCACUGACAUUGCACGUUCAAUCUUAACCUGCACUAAUAUUACGAAAAAUCUGGCCUGAUUAGCAUUAGACUAAAUGUGUGUAUCUCUUUAAGCCACCUUUUCACUGCUUACAUCAGAUUAUAGACCCAAAUUCAUUCGCAAUUGUUCGAUCCUUUGUGGAUUCCAGAGUCAUGAAAAAUUAGGGUCUCCAUUAGGACCGCAAGUGAUAGAUAGCAUUGGCUCAAAGAAUCUUUAGCGCCAGAUUACAAUUGCUACAAAAUCAUGUCAUAUUUCAUUUGAAGCAUGUUAUAUUGUCUGCUUUAGUUAGCCUACAUACUAGCAUAGCAAACAAAUUCAUUUUAUCCUUUUAUUAAAUGAUAACCGUGACCAUUUUUAAACAGCUUUGUGUCAUCCAAUAGACAAUAAAUGGGGAUAUCUGGGUGCAUGAAACAUGAGGAAAGAGUACAAAUCAUGUUCAUUUACAUAUACAAACAACAUUGUAACAAUAUAAAGCUGACUGAAAAUCACAUAAGUUGUCCUUUAACUGAUGGAAAUCUGAUUCCUCAUAACAGGCUCUGCGAUCCACAACGGACGCAGGAUUUUAGGAUCCAAUUUGAGCUUCACAUUGAAAAUUUUCAAAUAGUGCAAAAAAACAGAAUGAGAAUGUCCGACUGGCUUUGAUUUACGAAGAGCACGAAUGUAAACUAUCAAUAAUUUUACAAAAAAAACUCUCCCCUAAAUAUCUGCUGCUUCUGUAGAAUAGAUGUUAUGAAUAAAUAAACAUACUUGUUUAUGCUGUUCCUAUUCUCCAUAAUUAGUCUUUUUUCUGCAUGUUUUCAGCUAUUCAUUUACCUUAGGUUAAAUGCUUGUGCUGUCAUGCCCCUUUCCUGGAGACCAGAAACACAGUAGCUUCACAAACAAAUGCAUAGUUUAUUUCAACUGCCACUAGUGCAGACAAGUGCGUAGACAAUGAAAAGGCGGCUUUAAGCCCAACGUAUAGGUUUUUAUGCAUAUGCUAAGAUAUGCUAAAACUAAAGUAUACAUUGGGCUUAAAGGGAUAGUUCACCCAAAAACGAAAAUUUUGUCAUUUAUUACUCACCUUCAUGUCAUU